AUGUUCGUGCUUCUGUUAUUUGUUAUCUCUAUAUAUGUCAAAUACUUCCAAAACAAGGAAGAGAAAGCUAAACUCCCACAAAUUUCUAUGGCGCUUUCAGCUCAAGAUGGUAAUGGUAUACUUUUUGGAGAGUAUGAAACGUCGGGAUCCAGUGGUCAUGGUACUGGUAGUACUGCUGGGCUUACAGGAAUUAUGGUGGCAAAGUCAACAGAAUUUUCAUAUCAAGAACUAGCAAAGGCUACAAAUAACUUCAGCUUGGAUCAUAAAAUUGGUCAAGGUGGAUUUGGAGCUGUCUAUUAUGCAGUACUCAGAGCGAGGAAAACAGCAAUUAAGAAGAUGGAUGUACAAGCUUCAACAGAAUUUCUUUGCGAGUUGCAAGUCUUAACACAUGUUCAUCACUUGAAUCUGGUAAGGUUGAUUGGAUAUUGUGUGGAGGGAUCACUUUUCCUUGUAUAUGAACAUAUUGACAAUGGAAACUUGGGUCAAUAUUUGCACGGUUUAGAUAAAGCACCAUUACCAUGCAAAUAUAUUAAUAGACAAAACUUGCACGGAAAGGUUGCAGAUUUUGGCUUGACCAAACUUAUUGAAGUUGGAAACUCCACACUUCACACUCGUCUUGUUGGAACUUUUGGAUACAUGCCACCAGAAUAUGCUCAAUAUGGCGAUGUUUCUCCAAAAAUAGAUGUAUAUGCUUUUGGAGUUGUUCUUUAUGAACUAAUUUCUGCAAAGAAUGCUGUUCUGAAGACAUGUGAAUCUGCUGUUGAAUCAAAGGGUCUUGUAGCCUUGUUUGAAGAAGCACUUAAUCAAAUUGAUCCUUUAGAGGGUCUUCGCAAACUGGUGGAUCCUAGGCUUAAAGAAAACUAUCCAAUUGAUUCUGUUUUAAAGAUGGCUGAACUUGGGAGAGCAUGUACAAGAGACAAUCCACUGCUACGACCAAGUAUGAGAUCUUUAGUUGUUGCUCUUAUGACGCUCUCAUCACAUACUGAUGAUGAUGACACUUUCUAUGAAAAUCCAUCUCUCACUAAUAUAUUGUCAGUGAGAUGA